AUGUCUGAACUAUGUUCUAUUGAGAUGUGCAAAAGUUCAUCUUGUACACAAUGUCAUUGUUGCAAUAAAAAAUUCUGUCAAACUCAUUUUAUUGAACAUGAUAAUCUACAAUUGACUUCAUUAGCUGAUGAAAUUAAUUUAUUGAAUGAUCGACUGAUGGCAUUUAAUGUUGAGAAAUUGAUUGACGAUUCUCGUCAAAAACUUGAAACAUGGCGUGCUCAUUGUCAUAAGACAAUCGAUGAUAUUUUUGAAGAAAAAUGUCAAGAAAUCAAUCAACGUGCAAAUGAAAAAAUAGAAAGACAACGAGAUGAAGUUUCUAAGAUGCAAUCAACAGUGGCUAAACUCAUUCAAAAACAAGAAACAACUAUGAAAGACAUCGAUUUACUGAAGGCGACUAUUCAAACAAUAGAAAAGAAAAUAAAUAAUAUAGAACAAACAUGUUUUGAAGUCAUUAAUCGUCCAUUAGUGAUUGACGAUAAUUUAAUUCGUAUUGAAGAGUUGUAUAUACCUCACCUUGAUUUGUCAACACUUCCACCUCCAUAUAAAACAAUAAAUCACACAGACGGUAGUUCGAUGGUCAUGGGUAUUAAUGAUCGAUUCUUCUUGGUACACCAAGAAGCAAAUUUAUGUUUGAUGGAUCGAGAGUUCAUAGUCGUCAAAACAAGUCGAUGGAAUCAUGACUGGAUUUGGGAUAUAUGUUGGUCAUCAACAUUAGCUCGAUUCUUUGUGAUAACUCAAAAGGAUGUUUUCAUUGUUGAUGAGAACACAUUGUCUAUUGAGCCUAUACAAAUAAACCGAAACCAAAUAUGGCUUUCAUGUACAUGUUCUGACAUAUCAUUAUAUCUGUCCACAUCGAAUGUUGGCUCACCUAUUUAA